GCGUGCUCACUGUCCUGAGAGAUGACAAAACACUACACCCUUUGGGAUUUUUUUUCCCCUCUGCUCUAAAGCAGCAUUUCACAUCUGUGUCUGACAGAAGCAUAAGGAGCUGAGAGAGGCAGACCUUCACCAUCCUUCACAGAAUAAUGUUGCAUGGAUUAAAAGUUAAGACCUGAUGUCUACUGAUCCUGCAUAUUUCCUACAAAAAUCUAAAAUGUGGAGGCUACCAAAUAUGCAGGAAAAUAACUUUUCAGUGUUGGAAUAGCACCAGAAAACAGAUCAAAUUUACUGGAUUCUAAAUAUUUAAAUGAUUUUUUAAAUGGGUGCUGAAUACUUGAGUUAACUGGGAAUAAACAAAAAUGCUGAAUGUGGAAGAAAUCAGAUACUGGAGAUACCUGGAAAUAAACUGGAAACAACUAAUACCACAAGACCGAAGCAGCAGUGAACAACAAGAUGCUGUGGAAAAGAAAUCACAAGACGAGAGUGCACAAUGCAUUUCAAAUAGGAAAAAGCUUCCUAUCUGCUGAGUGAGUCUCAGUAUAUUCUGACAGAGCACAGACAAAGCUUCAAUCAAAUAUCUCCUAGCUAUCUCCAAAAGGAUGUUUUUGAAUACAGAAACUAAUAUGCAACACUGCUAAGAUCCUGAUGACAAUACACCAAGAACAAGAAUGGGAGUCAAUUUAUUCAGCAAUUCUACUGUUGUAAACAGUUCAUCAAUCAACCAUAAGCAGUUAGAGGGGCAUAGCCUCUGGGAAGUCAUUACUAUUGGCACUGUAACUGCAAUUGUAAGCUUAAUAACCAUAGUGGGAAAUAUUCUUGUAAUGAUAUCCUUUAAGGUUAACAGUCAGCUCAAAACUGUCAACAAUUAUUACUUGCUGAGCCUUGCCUGUGCAGAUCUCAUCAUUGGGAUAUUUUCUAUGAACCUUUAUACGUCCUAUAUACUCAUAGGCCAUUGGUCUCUUGGAAGCCUUGCCUGUGACCUGUGGCUAGCACUGGACUAUGUAGCUAGCAAUGCCUCAGUAAUGAACCUUCUAGUCAUCAGUUUUGACAGAUAUUUUUCCAUCACAAGGCCUUUAACUUACAGGGCCAAACGCACGCCCAAAAGAGCUGGCAUCAUGAUUGGUCUGGCUUGGCUAAUUUCCUUCGUGUUGUGGGCACCUGUAAUCUUGUGCUGGCAGUAUUUUGUUGGUGAACGAACAGUACCACCUGAAGAGUGCCAGAUACAGUUUCUAGAUGAACCCAUUGUCACCUUUGGUACUGCAAUUGCUGCUUUUUACAUUCCAGUGUCUGUGAUGACCAUUCUGUAUUGCCGCAUCUAUAAAGAGACAGAGAAACGUACCAAGGACCUUGCUGAACUGCAGGGUUCAGAGUCUGUGGCAGAGUUUGAGGCAAUAAAGCCUCAGAAAGCUCUCCUGAAGUCUUGCUUCAGUUGCAAGCAACAAAACUUAGUCAAAAGAGAGAGGUGUCAGGCUUCUUGGUCUUCAUCUAGUCGAAGUACGUCAGCCACGGCGAAAGCCUCUCAGGCAGCGAGUACUUGUAUCGACUGGGCCAAGGCUGACCAGUUAACCACCUGCAGCAGCUACGCAUCAUCAGAAGAGGAGGAUAAACUUGCCACUGACUCUGUUUUCCAAGUAACUUAUGGAAGUCCAUCUAAUAGUAAGGCAGAAGAGUUUCAUGAGAGUACAGAUGUUGUUGUCAAAGACCAACCUGAAGAAAAUGAUUUUGAGAACCAGAAAUACUUUUUGUCACCUGCCAAAGACCACAUACAGAAAAGUAAAAAAUGUGUAGCCUAUAAAUUCCGAUUGGUGGUUAAAACUGAUGGCACCCAGGAAGCCAACAAUGGUUGCCAAAAAGUAAAAAUAACUCCUUGUUCUGCUGCUCUGUCAAAGGAUCCUUCCAUCAAAAGCAUGGAUCCGAAUAUAAAUAACCAAAUCACCAAAAGGAAACGGAUGGUUCUUAUAAAGGAGCGCAAAGCAGCACAGACUUUAAGUGCCAUUCUUUUGGCUUUUAUCAUGACAUGGACUCCCUAUAAUAUCAUGGUUUUGAUCUCCACAUUUUGCCCUGAAUGCAUUCCAGUAACACUGUGGCACCUCGGAUAUUGGCUAUGCUAUGUGAACAGCACUGUUAACCCCAUGUGUUAUGCCCUCUGUAAUAAAACUUUCAGAAAGACUUUUAAGAUGCUGCUUUUCUGCCAGUGGAAAAAGAAAAAAGUGGAAGAGAAACUAUACUGGCACGGCAAUACCAGACUGCCAUAAUUGCUUUUGAAUAAGGAAUAAGGGGAAAUAUAUAUUGAUGUAACCUAGCAAAUUGACUGUAAUUCUGUCUUUUCAAAGAUGUUGCUUUAUAUGUCUAGUGGUUAAAAAAAUCUGCUGAUAAGUUAAAUUUUGCAUGAAAAUAGUGCGUGCUUGGGAUAAAAAGUCAGUGGCUGCUAUGAACGACACAGUUUGUUUUCGACUAUGCAGUAGAUCUGCAUUAAAGUGACUAUGUUUGGGGUCUUAUGUCCUUUCUUUUAGCCUAAGAAUAUGUAGAGUAAAUUAUGAACUACUAGAAAUUAGACUGGGAUGAUCAUCCAGUUAUCAGGUUAGGUCAUCCCGUCUUUCUCCUUGUAAUUCCCUGUCUUUCUAUAAUUCCUUGCUAGUGUAUUGUCUAUUGAGUUUUCAAUGUACCAAGCAAUGGAGCUUGUAAUACUUUUGUUUUGAGACUUUUCCACCUGCUGUUAAAAUGCAACAAGGAAUAUGUAAAGGGAUAAAUGCUGUCAUGCCCAAUACUAAAUGGUUAGGGAGAUUAAUAAUACUCAAAAUGAACACACAUAUUGCAGGAAAUUGUAAUACUGAUAAAAUUUCCACUUUAAGGAGGACUUUUGUGGAGACAUUGGAAGGGCUCAUAGUGAAGGGAAUAGAUAAUGUAUUUUGUAUAUGAAGAAGCCAGUCCCAAUCUCAGUCCCAAUCCAUCAUACAAGUGACUGUCAUCUGCAAAAAUGGUGUUGAUUAGCAGAUAUCUCUAAAUUUCUCCAGUUCCCAGUACCUCUGAAGGAAAUUUUAAAAUUUUAUGCAAUACUGACUGUAAAGCAUAAUGGAUACAGUCUAUCUACAACACAAGGAAAGCCUUUUUCCAAAUCACCUUUGUUGUGCUUCCCCUGAGCCCAGAAUUUUCCAUUACUGAUGGAAUGAUGCAGAACAAGAGAAAAAUAAGGAUUGGUGCACUGUAUGUUUACCUGUAUGUAAACAGUGACAGAAUUGGCAUCCCUGAAAGAUUUUUUAAAGUAUCUUUUGAAUAUUUCUAUAAAACUAUUAAGGACACUUUACAUUUUUUGUCUUUGAAUAGCUUUACAAAUACUAGUCAGUAUCAGGUGCUUGGAAACACAAGUUACCUUCAGGUACUGUCUUUUAGUCCAGCAGAACCAUUUCUGCUACCGUACCGGGGGCUGGAGUCAACCCCUCAGGUGGCUAUAGCUUCUGGGACUGGGUUGUACUGGCCUAGUUACAAUGACCUGAGGCACUGGCCACUAACUGAGGUUUGCUGGGGCUUUUGGUGCUGAGGCUGAACUGCCUGUGCCUGACUGAUGUCUGUGAUAGAUUGGCAGGAGUCCUGCAGCACUGACUGGGUGCAUAAGCAAGGGGCUGCCUUCAGCAGAAGGCCAUUGGAACAGAGCUGCUGACCUGCCUCUUUCUGGCAGGAACAAACAAGAAGCCUCAGGAAAGACCAUGAGAAAACAAAGUUAAUGACAACAGGAGUCACGAGGAAUGAAGAUGUAAAGGAAACAAAUGUUUAUGAAUAAAUGAGAAAGAUCUUCGAGUACUCAAAGUUCAAAUUCACUUCUAGCCU